CGAUAGUAGUAAACGUGAUGAUCAAUUUAAUCUUAAUAACUCAACGCUCUGUCCAUUAUGUAAUGAGAACCAUAAAAAAGAAAGUUUAUGGAAUGAUAUAAGAGGUGAAUGGGAUGCUAGUGAAUAUCGUGAAGAACAAACUUAUCGUAUCAAAUGCAAAGAUCCUCUUAAUUACGAAAUCCUAAUAGUAUCUGUAAAAGCAUAG